AUGUGGAAAUCUGCAACUUCAUACGUUUGCCUACUUGCGGCGCUGCAGCCAACGGCCGCUUUCGCUGUGGUUCGAGGUCUCCCCUCUCUACAAGAUCUUGACGCACCCUAUCCUGCCGAAGACGGCUACUACUUCCCUCAUGUUGGCACUCAUGCCUGGGUUAAUCCCAAUGGCACGCAGGUUCCAAAGUCGUGCGGCAGCUCAAAGCCCCCGUUCCCCAUGCCCGAUUGCCACGGCCUGACUUUGGAGGAGGCCACCAUUGAUGAGAUGCAGGGGUGGAUGUCGAGCGGACUUCUAACCUCUCGACAACUUACAAAGUGCUACCUCGGCCGUAUCCUUCAACUGAAUGAAUAUGUCAAUGCUGUUCUUGAGGUCAAUCCCGAUGUCCUUCUCAUUGCUGACCAGCUUGAUGCGGAGCGUGCUGCUGGGAUUUUACGCAGUCCUUUGCAUGGUAUUCCUGUGGUUGUGAAGGACAACAUUGCAUCCAAAGACAAGAUGGAGACCACGGCUGGAUCUUACGCACUCUUAGGAUCUAUUGUCCCACGAGAUGCCCAUGUUGUGAAGCUUCUUCGUGAGAAAGGUGCGGUACUACUCGGAAAGUCUACACUAGAUGAGUGGGCAUCUAUGCGAUCUAACUCUAAAUCAUCCGGUUACUCGGCUCGUGGUGGCCAAGCUCGCAACGCUUAUAAUUUGUCCAUGGCACCAGGUGGCUCUUCAUCGGGCUCGGCUCAAGCCGUGGCUGCUAACAUGAUUCCUAUCGCCUUCGGCACAGAAACAGAUGGCAGUGUCAUUGGCCCAGCACGAAGAGCUAGCAUUAUCGGCUUCAAGCCUACAGUCGGCCUCACAUCUCGAGCUGGAGUUGUCCCUGAGUCAAUUCAUCAAGAUACUGUCGGCUCAUUUGGCCGAACCUUCAAAGAUGCGAUCUACGCUCUUGAGGCUAUUGCUGGUGUCGAUCCUAGAGACAAUUACACCCUUGCCCAAAAGGGCCCCUCAGAUGGCAAUUACACCCAGUUCUUGGCCACCAGGGAUGCCCUGCAAGGUGCCGUUUUUGGCCUGCCUUGGGCAUCCCUGUGGAAUCAGACUGGUAACGCUGGAGAUCUCGCAGCUCUCCUGGAAGUCGUUGAACGGCUCAAGGACGCUGGUGCAACUAUCAUCAAUGGCACCGAGUUUCCUCAUUAUAAGGAGGUUCUCUCGCCUUCUGGCUGGACUUGGUCUACUGGACCGUCCCCCCUCAAGAACGCUCUUUACAGGGUUAACGUCGAUUUCUACAACAACAUCCGUGACUAUCUUUCUGAGUUGAACAACACCAACGUCAAGUCUAUCGAGGAUAUCAUCGCCUUCAAUAUUCAGUAUACAGGUGUGGAGGGUGGUAUACCCGGUACAGUUGCUGGCUUCAAGUCCGGCCAGGAUGCAUUUCUCGAUAGCGCGGCGACCAAGGGCGCAAUGAACUCUUCUUACUACGAAUGUAUCGAAUAUCUCAACAAUGUUUCUCGCACUGAAGGUAUUGAUGCCGCUUUGGCUUAUACAUAUCCUAACGGUACGACCAUUCAGCUCGACGCGCUCCUGACUCCAUCAGGUGGUGGUGCAACCAAUCUCCCCGCAAUGGCUGGUUAUCCAAUGGUCACAAUACCUAUAGGUCAGAAUGCAUACAGUGUACCUGUGGGAAUCUCACUGAUUGGCACCGCGUGGAGUGAGCCUACGUUGAUCAAAUAUGGUAGCGCUUUGGAUGAUUUGAUUCAAGGACGGAAGAAACCUGCAUUUAUUGAAUGGUGGGCUAGGAACUUGCCUGUAGAUUAUUCGAAGUAG